CCAGCAAUAUUGAGCAAAGAGAAGGAUAUGAGAACCGGAUAAGUUUGUUUUCAUGCACAAUUUGAUCUUUUGUGGCAUUUCAGGCAUAUCAUUUGUUCCCAGAUCGAACUGAAAAUCAUCAUGGAUUUGAGCAGACCAAGGGCAAAGUCACAAAGAACUAUCUAUCUAGACUAUAAUGCUACCACACCACUGGAGCCUGAGGUUCUGACAGCCAUCCAGACUGCCCUGCAAACAGCAUGGGGAAACCCCAGCAGCUCAUAUGAAGCAGGGAAGAAGGCCAAGGCUGCCAUUGACACUGCCAGAACCAACAUCGCCAAGAUGGUCGGUGGGAAAAAGGAAGACGUCAUUUUCACCUCAGGUGGUACUGAGGCCAACAACAUGGUGAUCCUCACUGCCAUGAGGCACUUCUGGAACAGUUUUCCUGAGGCCCAGGGAGGAGGAGACACAGAGAAUGGUCCAACACAACACAGGAGUGUCAAACCUCACAUCAUCACAACUAACAUAGAACACGACUCUGUCAGGCUACCACUGGAGGCUUUUCAAAAGGAGGGAAGGAUAGAUGUGACCUUUGUGCCGGCCUCCAAGCUGACCGGCCGAGUGGAGGUCCAGGACAUUCUGGCCGCAGUUCGUCCCUCCACCUGCCUGGUCACAAUCAUGAUGGCCAACAAUGAGACUGGCAUCAUCAUGCCCAUAGCAGACAUAAUGAGAGCUGUGAGGUCUGUGAACAGUGAGAACAGAAGUGCCCCUCAGCCCAGGAUCCUGCUGCACACAGAUGCUGCCCAGACCAUUGGGAAAGUUCCUGUGGAUGUAGAGGAGUUAGGGGUGGAUUAUCUGACUGUGGUGGGCCACAAGUUCUAUGGUCCCAGGAUUGGUGCCCUGUAUAUCCGUGGUCUGAGACAAGACACUCCGCUGUAUCCCAUGUUGUAUGGAGGGGGACAGGAGGACAAUUACAGACCAGGCACUGAGAACACUGGUAUGAUAGCAGGGCUUGGGAUGGCUGCUUCCCUUGUAAAUCAAAACUUGGAGAAGUAUGAGUCUCACAUGAGGGAGGUGAGAGACUACCUGGAACAGCAACUUAAGGACAGGUUUGGCAGCUCUGUGCACUUCAACGGGAGGCUGACAGGAAGUGAGCGGAUCCCCAACACCUGUAAUGUGUCCAUCCUGGGGCGGGGACUACAAGGUCAGAGAGUGUUAUCCAGGUGUCCACAUCUGCAGGCCAGUGUGGGGUCUGCCUGUCACUCACACAACAUCAACAGACCUUCCCACAUCCUGCUGGCCAUCGGGAUUCCCUGUGAGGUUGCUGGGAAUGCCCUGCGGCUCAGUGUGGGCAGGCACACCACCACAGACGACAUAGACCUGAUCAUACAGGACCUACAGGAGGCAGUCACCGCCAUCACAGCAGAGGAACAGUCAACUCAGAACUCGUGCUGAUUGGUUCGCUGGUGUAUCUACAUGCUCACAGAGACUUAAGUUAUAAAUAUACAGACUGUGCUCCUGUCAAUGAUGGGAAACAGAGUUAGCUGGCUUGUAAGAUCAUUUGCCUCAGCCUAAUAAUAUUGUUUUUAAUUAAGACCGGUGCAAUGGCCAAGUGGGUAGACUUUUCACCUUGCACUCCAUAGGUCGUAAGUUCAAUCCCUGGCAAAGUCACACCAGAAACUUUAAAAAUGGUACAGUAUGAAUUAUGUGCUUAGCACUCAGCAUUUGGGAAAGAGUAUGAGAGUUAAACAGACACCACUGCCAGUGGACUAGCCUAGAAAGGGAAUACAACAUGAUAUUGCAACAAUUGUUCUUAAAAUGUUUGAUCUGACAAUUUGUAGUAGUAGGUUGCAUUUCAUUUCUGUGGUAAAUGUGCAAUAAAAUUU